AUGGAGGCAGCCGGCAUUGUUUUCGGUGCUGUCGUCUUGGUGAAACCCAUAUGCACCACCAUCGACGACAUCCUCAAAAACUAUAGCGGCUUCGGAAAAGACGCCGAACGUCUCCGGCUCCGCUUCGUAGUGUCCAGGACCAGGCUGGACUCGAUGGAGCGAGUCUUGUUUGACGAGAACAAGUUCUCGCCCGCCAUCAAGGGCCGUCUGAUUGACCACCUCCCAGGCAAAAUAUGCGACGACAUGCUGGCACUUUUACGACAACUCUACGGCCUGCUGAUGGAAUACGCGGCUGUACGAACCCAAUACAAAAUGGAGCAGCAGGAAACCAAAGUUGAUGUGAAUAGCCUGGCAGACCUGUCGCCAGAAGACCGCAUCAAGCUUCUUGCUUUAGACAAGAAAAGAACAGACGCAUCGCAUCAAAAAUCCGUCGGGUGGGCGCGGAAAAUGAUGUGGGUUGCCUUCGACAAGGCCAGCACCGAGAAACUCGUGUCCGAGUUCGAGGCAUGGGCACAGAGAACACAGACACUGCUGGAAGCUGCGUGGUGGCCUCUUUCCUCCUUUCAGACGCUUGAGCGGCUGCAAAAGCUCGAAGAGGAUAACGACGCCAAAACUGUCGGCUUGCUGCGCGGCAUCGCGGUGCGCAAGUUGCUUGUGACUAGCCCGGCAUUGAUGCAUUCCCAGUCCCAAGCGAAGGAGGCAAUUCCCAAAGACUUUUUCCCGAUUUCACAGGUCGGCGCUUUUGAGCUGGGAACCCUGAAAGGCUCGGAUGGCUACUACAUGGCCGAAUACAAGCAGUAUGCCGCUCCUGGAAGGAGUGCCCUCAGCGAUACUGUGGUCCGGCAUCGAGUCCUUCAGUUGGCAGCCCUGCUCCACGAAGCUCCCAUCUCGGAUCCCGCCCUGAGGGUGCUGCAGUGUACACACUACUUUGAGGAAACCCCAAAGUCACGCUUUGGACUGGUCUAUCUUCUUCCGUCUGCACCCGCACCUGCAACGCUCGCUAGCAUCCUCGAUGUCAAGUAUAAAGGCGGGCGCCCGUCUCUCACCGCGAGGAUACACCUCGCCUACAAACUCGCCCUGUGUCUGCAACGGCUGCACACCUACUCGUGGGUGCACAAGUCACUACGGCCGGAAAACGUGCUUUUGUUUCCGCCUGGCAACGACCUCUCCGAAAUGGAGAAGGCAUUGGAGGAUCCGCGGUUGGUUGGCUUCGAAUACUCACGCCAGGAGUCGGACUUUUCCGACCAGUUUGGGGAAUCUGACAUUAAACGGAACGUCUACCGACAUCCGACUCGCUGGGGACAACCAACCAAUCGAUUUGAGAAGAUCCAUGAUCUGUAUGCCCUCGGCGUCAUCCUUCUAGAAAUUGGCCUCUGGUCACGAGCGGACCAACUCGACAACGGGGCCCUGGUUGCCUCUAAUAUGGCCCACAGUCCAGUCGCUGUGCAGAACAAGCUUCUCAAGCACGCGCAGGUCCGUUUGGGCUUUUACGCUGGUGAUGCAUUCCGUGACGCCGUCGUUGCUUGUCUCAGAGGUCAGUUCCAUGAAACAAACAUCACCGAGGCUUUUUCCGGGCUGGUAGACCGGCUCGAAGCGGCAGGAAAAAUUCUCUGA